AUGUUAUCAAAACCACUUAAAGUAGCUUUCAUACAUCCUGAUUUAGGAAUAGGUGGUGCAGAAAGACUUGUGGUAGAUGCGGCAGUUGGUUUGCAAUCAAAAGGUCACGAUAUUGUUAUAUAUACUUCCCACCAUGAUCGUAGUCAUUGUUUUCAAGAAACUAAAGAUGGUACACUUGAUGUCAGAGUACGAGGAAAUACAAUUAUUCCUAGUACAUUUUUUGGAUAUUUUUAUAUUGUGUCUGCAAUUCUUAGGCAACUUCAUUUGUCGUUAUCUUUGAUCUUUACAGAUAAGGAUCAAUAUGAUGUGAUAUUUGUAGAUCAAUUAUCUGCAUGCAUUCCUUUAUUAAAGUUAACCGGCGCUAAGGUCUUGUUUUAUUGUCAUUUUCCAGAUAAAUUGCUGUCCAUAAGGGAAUCCUUGUUAAAAUCAAUUUAUAGAUAUCCAAUUGAUAAGCUAGAAGAAUUAACAACUGGUAUGGCUGAUUCUAUAGUUGUCAAUAGUAGAUUUACAUCACUUGUAUUUCAAGAAUCUUUUCCAACAAUUAAAAAUAUACCACAAAUUCUUUAUCCUGGUAUACACUUUGAUUCAUAUGAUAAGGAAAUAAAUUUACAAGAUAAAAAUAUAAAAAUUUUGGAAACUUCUAAGGAAUUGAUUUUAUCUAUAAACAGAUUUGAGAGAAAAAAAAAUAUUUCACUUGCAAUUAAUGCGUUUGCAAAUUUAAAAGAUAGUUUACCAUCAAAAAAUCUAUUUUUAAAUUUACAAUUAGUUAUUGCUGGUGGUUAUGAUCUUCGAGUUAAAGAAAAUGUAGAAUAUCAUUUAGAAUUAAAUGAGGUUGCAAAUCAAUUAGACCUUGAAACAUUUACUAUAAUGCCAGGUUCAACAAGUCAUCCACCAGAUAAUGCACAAAUUAUAUUUCUUUGUUCUUUUAAUGAGGCACAACGAACCUAUUUAUUAUCAAAGGCACUUUGUCUUUUAUACACACCAUCUAACGAACAUUUUGGAAUUGUACCAAUCGAAGCUAUGUACUCUUGUUUGCCUGUGAUAGCUGUUAAUAAUGGUGGUCCAAAAGAAACUAUAAGAAAUCAGGAGACUGGUUUCUUGUGUGAAGCAACACCUGAGGCCUUUUCAGAGGCACUUUCAUCUAUUAUUUUAAAUAAAUAUAAUAGAUAUGAUCUAGGGUUGGUAACUAUUGAAAUUUCAGAUAUUAACAUAGUAAUAGGGUAA